AUGAAUUGGAAUUCAUCACAUUCAUCAGCUGUUUCAGACUUAACAAGAUCUGCAGAAUUUACCAUAACAGAUGACUCUAAUGAUUAUCAGUAUGAAGAGGUUCCAGCAGAUGAUGAAUUUAGUCUUCAGGAAGAUGAUGAGGAUCUGUCAAAGGCUUUGCAGACUAUUGCAGAGCAGGCUGAAGAUGCUCAAAUUUUAGCUUUGCAAUCAGUUCUGACUUCUGAGAAAUCAGUGUCUGAAAUACCUGAAGCGAUGGAUGACUUCUUCUGCAAUUUCCUGGUCAGAUUGGGAAUGUCCAGAACCCUUGACUGCUUCCAAACUGAAUGGUAUGAACUCAUACAGAGAGGUUUGUUCACAGCCAGAGAUACUGGAUUGGUUCCAACUGUGUAUACCUGCAACCAGCAACUUGUGGCUGAGAAUAUGCGCUUGAGGAAAGAUGUGGAAAACUAUAAACUUGCUGCUAACAAAGCGAAAGAGGCUUUCCUAAAAAUGCAGAAAGAACGUGACUUCCAUCGAAUGCAUCAUAAGCGAGUGGUCCAGGAGAAAAACAGGCUUAUUUGUGACAUUAAAAGGCUGAAGGCACAUUAUGCAUCAUAUGAGCCAGUGCUGAAACAGCUGACUGAAAAAUACCAGACUACACUGAGACAGAAAAUGUUAACUAGUUUGGAGAGAGACAGAGCAGUUUGGCAGGUUACAGGUUUGCAAGCCACAUUACAAAAUUUAGAGUCUGGAUGUGCUACUCAAAUUCCUGUGACAAAAGCAGGCCAUGAAUGCCAAAGGAAGAAAGGGUUGGAAGGUCCUACCCAGAAAGCUCUUCAGGAAGCCAGGCAGCAAAAAAUCUUUGGUACUGAAAGUGCUUCAUGUGAUCCAGUCAAAGAUGCAAAGAAGAUAGGCAAGAGAUAUCCAAGGUGUUACCACAUUGAUGAAUUUUAUUUGGGAUCACGCGGCAUGUGUGAAACUGGUCCUUCAGUCUUUAUUCAGGAUUCAGAGUUUCCUGUUGAUACUCAAGUGCAUCCAUACCUUGUGCACGCUAAAGAAAAUACUCAACCCUUGAAAUCUGGAGAUUAUAAACUAAGCAACAUUUUAAAAGGGCACGACUUAGCAGUGAGCUGCUAGGAACCCUUGGCUUUACAUCCCCAAAGAGACAUUGUAGUCACUGGCCGUGAUGACCACCUCUGGAAAAUGUGGGCUUUACCUGAUGGGAACAUCAUCGUGACAGGUGAAGGUCACACUGAUUGGUUUUCAGGCUGCUGCUUCCGUCCAAGUGGUACCUAACUGGUCACUUCAAGUGGGGAUACAACAGUGCGGAUAUGGGACUUUUCAAAACAUGGCUGCAUUCUGUGCAGAUGCAGAUAUACGACGUGCGGCCACAAAGAUUCAGUCAAUAGCAUUGAGUUUCUUCUGUUCUCCAACACUGUUCUCACUAGCUCCGCCGACAAGACUUUAUCUCUCUGGGAUGCCAGAAUGGGUUUCCAUGUUUACACGUUCUAUGGUCACCUGCCUUCCUGCAAUACAUUCAAUAUGAAGGGUGAUAUGAUUGCUUCCUGUGACUCCUCUGGCGUGAUGAAGCUCUGGGACAUUCGGGAGUCUGUUCCUAUUUUAUCCAUAGAUGCAGGCCUACAUUGGGCCAGUCAGGUCAUCUUUGAUUGCUCUGUCUUUCUGAGACUAGCUCAUGGUCUUGCAAUGAGAGCUGGUGAUGGAGCUGGCAGAGAUUCAGCCCACUGGGAGCAAUGA